UUGGUUUGAUCCCUAUAUUUUGAAAUGCCUAUAAAACUUGGCACACUUGUGUCAUGUUGGUAGCAAACCAGACUUGCCAAAUUCUGGCUUGCAUCAACAUUGGCAAUGCAAAAGGUGGCACCUAACCAAUCAAUUUGGAUUUUCAGCUGUAUUUCUGCCCUCUUAUUGCCUUCUUUGUUGUAGGAAGCACAGAAAAGGAAAAUAUUAAUAAUAUUUUCUUAUUGAUUUUGGUUGUGUUAUGAUGGUAAUAUUGAUCAUCCAUUCACCGCCUAAGAUUGGUGCUCAUCCAGCCUGCUUGUUCCACUUCAGGUCUGAGAAAAGUGUGGGUGGGCCUGCAUCUGGACAAACGUUGCAUCAAAACUUGCAUGAUGCUCAGCGGGACACCAUUUGGGUCCGGGAACAGCACGAUUGGGGGCUCACAUUUUACACCAGGAUUGAUCUUCGGGGAUAUUUCUGCACAUAUCCUAAGGUGGGCGGACCAUUUAACAGCUUAGAGGAAGCUAGCAAUGCCAUUGAUCGCUAUCUUCAUGACCGGCAGGAUCCAAUGAUGCGGAAGGAGCAACAUGAGUUCUAUGAAGUGGGUAAGGCUAGUGUGGAGAGGGGUAUACGAGCUUGUCUUUACUGGCCUGAUGGCUCAAAGAAGAUGCAUGUGAUAUCAGAACAAAUUGAUAAAAGCCGUUGCAAGAUGCUCCAGUUGGUUCAAGCUUUGGUGGACAAGUAUAAUGAGGAUCCUCUUCAUUUUGAGAUGUUGUGUGCUCCGAAGUAAUAUAUGAGGGCGACCGUUGCUACUAUCAUACCAAUUUCACUACAAAGAUGAAAGGAGCAAAGACAACUGACAAUCUAUUCUUUGCGGAAGUCACACAUAUGCCAGGAGAAGACGGAAAAUUGGUAGUCAGCUGUAUCUGCAGGGUUGAUACUUUUGAUAAUGGUCAAUGCUACGGUUGUGGAAGUAAUAUGAAGCACCCAAAUGCUGAUGCAUACAACGGUGGUCACUCUAAGGAUUUUAAGUUUUUUCACAUUGGUGACGGAUGUCGUGGACCUAAUAUCGACACCGCGAAGACUAUGGAUGAUUGGAAAGCUGAGGAGGCAAGGGUAAGAAGAUUGUUCGAGGGCCUUGAUGAUCCAAGUGUUGUGGCGAGACUCAUGGAACCACCUAAGUUUGAGUUUGGAGCAAACAUGGCCACUGAUGACGAAGUAGAUUGUUUCAUGGAGUCGAUCAUGGGGCCAUACAAUGGCAGCACUGAAAUCAUAGAUGCUAGUACUGCAGAAAGAUUUAGAGCGCAACUAAAGUAGCUCGGAGCUUUCUUGUGACUACAUAGUUUGCCACCAGGGAAGCCUUUCAAUACCAAGUUAUGCACCCAAGUUGAUGUAUGAUUCUUCUGU